CAAUAAAUCUCUGACCCAGAAAUUUCUCACGAAGUUUCUUCUCACACAAUCUCCUGAAACUCCAUUAAUGGCGAAAGGUCUUGAUGUUGAUGGAUUUGUAUAAGGAUGAACCCUAUAUGAGAAAGUCAGAUGGAGGAAGACGAUGAGCCCUAAUUGUCGGGAAAAUAUGUUGUUUAUCUUACACUUGGGCUGGGCUCUUGUUUUCCAUGAAACAUAAUGACGAAAUACCAAACACAUAUAAUGUGAAUGAGAAGCCCCAUUCAAUGAAAACAAAACAUGACAAAACAGGUUAAGAGGGUGGACACGUGGCGCGCGUACAAGAGGCAAAUUUCCAGGCUGGAUCCGACGUGGAGGCACAUGUAUAUAUAUAUAUAUAUAUAUAUAUAUAUAUAUAUAUAUAUAUAUAUAUCAAGUGCUUCUUUUUUUUCGAGUGAGUGUAAAAUUUAGUCAAUCAAAUACUUUAUAGAUUAACUUCUUUUUUUCAUUGGAAUUAUAAUUUUCACUGAACAAACAAGAUUUACAAGAGGAUACCCAAGGGAAGCAUUAAGUAAGAUCAUGCUAACAACGCACAUCUACUUUCUUCAUCCAUAAAAAUCUCUCAGCCACAAGGGAGAGUUAGCAGCAACAUAAGAUUGAGAACGUCCCUGAUUAAUUAAUGACAGUAACAGCAAUCGAAAAAGCUCCUUUGUUAGCGCUUCUCUUGACAUGCAGCAGUUUCCAAUCUGACAGAAGGGAUAUUGCAUUAAGAAUUGGAGAGACCAACCAUUUGAAGCAUGGCAGGCAGGUGGCCUAGUAAUCGCAGAAAUGAGGUCUUUAGCUUCCAAUCCAAAGAUGAUCUUGCUGCUCAUACUUUCCAUAGCUCAUUAAGCAUCCAGAUUUAAAAGCUUCCAAUUCACUUCUUACAAAGGAGAAGGCUCUUCGGCUGUGGAGAAGAACAAUGCCAUAAUCAUUCCUCAAAAUCCAAUAAACACCUGCAAUAGCACUGUUCUUAUCCCAAGCAACACCAAUAUCACAUUUAUGCCAACCCGAAAUUGGUAGAGCUAGGCCAACAAUUAUCAGCCGGGAAGUCAGUCGGAAUCAAUUGCUUGAGAGGAAGACAAUUCCAGCACAUCAAGUGCUUCUAAGGCUAAGUUUUUUAAAGAAUAAAACACAGACUAAAUUUAAGCAGAUUUGGAUUCUUUAGCAUAUCUUGUAGUUCACGUUCUUGUAGCUAGCCAAAUAUGUAACGCACUCCCCAAAGAGUCGUCUCCCAUUCGUUGAAUUGAUAGGAGUCUGGUGCGCCCUAUCAAUUGUUUGAUCAGACGUUAAUAUUAGUGUUUGUCAUAUUUUUCUUACACUUAUAUAUAAUAAUAAAGUCAUCCUGGAAAAUUCAUUUUUUUCUAGAGGAGUCAAGCUCAUCUACUGUGUGUUGUCCGUAAGUAAAGUGCAUGUGUGUUAUAUACAUUAUAUACAAACAAUAACAAUGUUAGACAAAUUGAGCUUAGUUAUGUUAAUUUUUAAAAAAAAAAAUUGUGUUUGUAUUUCUUAGCUGUUAAGAAAAUAUAUUUGCAAAUAAAGGUAUUUUUUCAGUUAGUCUUCUGUGCUUUGAUUUUUUACUAUAUCAUCCGAUUUGUGUGAACUUUUACCUUCGUCAUCACGGUAAGUAGGUCUUCGAUUUUUUUUUCCCAAAUUUAAAUAAAAAGUAGUAUUUAGCAAAGUUUGAUUUAUAAAUCGUGCGAUAUUUUUCAUGUGCUCUUCUUUCAGGUUUUAUAUCCCGAUGAUUUCUAAAUCCAAAAGCAGCAUUGGUUUAUUCUUGAAUCGAAGAUUUCACAUUGAUCUGUUGAUUUUAACUAAAAAUGACAUAUUUUAUCAUCCCUAUGAUAUUUUCCAACCAUGGUGAUAUAUAUCAUAUAAUAAGAAGGAGUCUUCCAGGUAGUAGUGGUUCCCACGUUCGACCGUCCUCCUAACCUAUCUUUCUUGAUCGCCACUCACUCUACGUGUAUACCUUGGUCUUUUAUUUUAUCUUAAUUAAGUAAACCAAGUUUUUUCACGAGCCAUGAUAAAUCACAUAUCACCCCUUCUGCAUAUCACGCAUUGACAUUGCAGACUAAAAAACCCUAACCGGAGAAGACGAAGAAGAAGAAGAAACCGUGUGUACAAAUUGUUCGAUUUAACGUGGCUGUGAAGGAGAGAUAGCGCGAGUGAGAAGACGCGGCAAGCCCGAACUUUCGCGGUUCGGCAGCUCCGCGUCGGUAAGUCGAGUCGUUUCGGAGCUAUCUCGUUGCUUCUCGACCGAAAACAACAUGGCGGAUCAGGCAAACAACCAGCAAGCCAUGGACAUUGGUCCCCCGACCAAUAUAUGCCACGUGGCUCACGUGACAUACGAUCGCUUCGACGGCUUUCUUGGUCUUCCUUCUGAAUUCGAGCCUGACGUUCCCAAAAAGGCCCCCAGCGCAAGUGCAACAGUGUUUGGGGUUUCUACAGAGUCAAUGCAGCUAUCGUACGACUCUAGAGGGAACUGUGUUCCGAUCAUACUGUCGCUACUACAAAGACGACUAUACGAUCAAGGAGGUCUGAAAGUUGAAGGCAUUUUCAGAAUCACGGGAGAUAACAGCGAGGAAGAGUUUGUAAGAGAAGAGUUAAACAAAGGAGUUGUACCAGAGGGCAUAGAUGUCCACUGUCUUUCCGGACUUAUCAAGGCUUGGUUCAGAGAGUUACCGAGAGGAAUACUUGAUUCUCUGCCGUCUGAGCAAGUGAUGCAGUGUGAGUCAGAGGAGGAUUUUGUCAAGGUUGUGAGACUUUUACCGCAAGCGGAAGCUUCUCUUUUGAAUUGGGCAGUCAAUCUGAUGGCUGAUAUUGUAGAGCAUGAAGAUGUCAACAAGAUGACCACACGUAACCUUGCUUUGGUCUUUGCGCCAAAUAUGUCUAAGAUGGCAGAUCCUCUAACAGCGUUGAUGUACGCCGUCCAAGUUAUGCACUUGCUGAAGAACCUCACAGAGAAAACACUCAGAGAGAGGAAAGUUGCAUCUUCCCAAAUCGUUCCUUGUGAUGACAGUGAAGCUGAUGUGGAAGAAUGCAAUCAAGAAGAAGAAGAAAAAGGUGUUGAUGAUGUGAACAAGGAAGAGGAGAUCAUCAAGGUGGAAGAUGAAGUCAAACCAUCAAAUGGUUUGGAUUUCGAUAAGGAAAAGAGAGAGAAAACAUGAAGACAGAUGUUGCAGUUGGAGCUCUGUUUUUGUUUUAUGUUCUUGGUAAAUCUAAGGUGCAAAUAACUUAGUUUAUUGUUCCAAGUUCAAUUUAUUUGUUUGUGUUUCACAUGAAAAAUUCACAUCUUUUUAAUGUAAAUCAUUUUUCACUCUUCCUUUUUCAUUUGACAUUUACAUAAGAAAAAAAGUAUAUUAUUCAUUAUGUUGAUGCCAAACACAAACGAUUAAUGUGUUUAUGUAAGCAAAACUGGCAGCCAUGAAAGAGCCAGCAAAUG